AUGCUAUCGGUUAUCGUGAAGCGACAGGCGAGGCGUUCUUUAACAAGCUGCCGACCUCUGCUUCAAAACGCGCCCAAAUACGACGAUGCUGAGCUCCUGGCAGGUAAGCUAAACAGGGCAUCGUACUCGGCGAAAAGAAGCAAAGAAAGCUACCAGUGGGCGGAAAGAUCAUCCCAGGAGAUGGAGGCCGAGCAUAACGAUCGUAUGGCUCGCAUGAUGAAGCUGCGCGCAGUUUUCCAAGGUCUUUUCUUGGUUGUAGGCGUAGGGGCGGCAUACACGGCUUACAUGCAAUGGCCACAGAUCAAAAGUUGGUGGGUGGCUGAAAGAAGCGUGUUAGAUGACGAUGCGAUCGAAGUUUUGAAGAAACAAAGCGCUAAAAAGAGGGAAAUCGAAUUCCCUAAAAUUCCAGCCUCAGAGCCUUCCAGCAGUGAACCUGGCGUUUACUUUUGGGGUUCUGGUCGCAACGAUAACAAAAACAGCAAGUUUCCUUUACGAGUUGCUCAUUUCGACGGUCAAAAGCUGAGGGAUGUUUGUCUUUCAACACAGAACGGCAAUUUGGCUAUCGACAAAAAUGGCGAUCUGUAUACUUGGGAUGCCAAGUCCAAGAAACUGAUUUUGGCCGAUCAGGAUCUGGUGCAGGCAAAAUCUUCAAGUGGUGUUGCUUAUGCACUAACGAAGAAAGGUGAGCUUUUGGUUGUUCCGCUCACGGAUCACAAGCUAAGGUCGAAGUUUUCGCACCAGCAGAGAUCGUGGCUACUGCCAUGGAGGAAAUACUGUCACUACGACUUCAAACUAGAAACUAAAGAUGCCUUUUCGGGACGCCGCGAAAAUAAAGUCACUCAAUUUGAUGUCGGCAAAGAGCAUCUGGUCUUUUUGUCAAACUCAGGAAAGGCUUACACUUGCGCCACGGGACUAGGGGAGUCGCAGGAAGCAGCCAAGUCAAGAGGUCAGUUUGGCGUUCCAACUCUCUCACAAUUCGAUCCUUUCCCCAAGAGCAACAAGAUUUAUGAGAUUGAGCUUUUGAACCACAAUGCCGUUGGAAGCGAAGGCGUUGCCCGAACGAUCAAGAAAAUAGCGUGUGGAGAUUACCAUACCCUUGCUCUUGACUCCUUGGGCGAUCUUUACUCUUUCGGGCUCAAUACCCAUGGUCAGUUGGGCCAGCCCAUAAGGUACGACAUGGAGUAUCUCCCAUUUCCAAAGGUAGUAAGUGGCUUUAGCGCACAUUUCCCAAGAGACACGUACUUGAGGUGCGUUGAUGUCAAUGCUUCGGGAGAUACCUCGUUUGUCACUAUUGUGCCGCAAGAUCUUCACAAAUUCAUCAGGAACAAAGGAAGUGUGUCUCUACAAGACGACCUGGACAAAAUCACGUAUUUCUCUUUUGGUGGGGGAAUUAGCGGCGAACUGGGGAAUGGCAAUUUCAAGCAUUGCCAACAAGAUCCAACGAAACUGAAGGUAGUCAAUGAGGCGUCGAAAGACAGUUCGACAGCAACUAUCAGACCGCCAAAGAUAGUGAAGUGGUCUUGUGGAAGUGACCACAUGUUGACAGAGCUGGAGGAUCGCGAAGUUUUGGCUUGGGGAUCAAACAGCCAAGGUCAGCUUGGUAAUGGUAAGAAAAUCAAGUCUUGCAGACCUGUUAAUAUUCCUCAACUACUGGAGCCUGGUAGCAAUUUGAGCACUUCCCCAGAGCGGAUGCAGCAGCACCUACUGACAAGCCUAAAAUUAAUUCCGGGUCAAACCAUGGUAGCGGGAGAAAGGUCCAGUUGUAUUUAUUGGCAAGCUUGA